UGGGGCCUGCAGGCAGCGCAGGAGGCGCUCGGGAGGGGUCCUCUCUCGCAGCCGGUUGUGAGCGGGAGGCCUGAGCUGGGAGCUUUAGCGGCUGUGGAAAUUCUUGGUGGCUGAAGCGGAGCGCUAUGGAGGAACUCGACGGCGAGCCGACGGUCACGUUGAUUCCAGGAGUGAAUUCCAAGAAGAAGCAAAUGUGUUUUGACUGGGGUCCAGGAGAGAUGCUGGUGUGUGAAACCUCCUUCAACAAAAAAGAAAAAUCAGAGACUGUGCCAGGCUGCCCCUUUAUCUAUAUCAUCCGAAAGGAUAUAGAUGUUUACUCUCAGAUCUUGAGAAAACUCUUCAAUGAAUCCCAUGGAAUCUUUGUGGGCCUCCAGAGAAUUGAAGAAGAAUUGACUGGAAAAUCCAGAAAAGCUCAACUUCCUUGCUUUUUGUCACUACAAGAUGCUCCAUGUUCCUGUUGUAUGUCAUUUCAUUUUUGUAGAUUGGUCCGAGUGAGUAAGAACUACCGAUCAGUCAUAAGAGCCUGUAUGGAGGAAAUGCACCAGGCUGCAAUUGCUGCUAAAGAUCCAGCCAGUGGUCGCCAGUUCAGCAGCCAGGUCUCCAUUUUGUCAGCAAUGGAGCUUAUUUGGAAUCUUUGUGAGAUUCUUUUUAUUGAAGUAGCCCCAGCCGGCCCUCUCCUCCUCCACCUCCUUGACUGGGUCCGACUGCAUGUAUGUGAGGUGGACAGUUUGUUGGCAGAUGUCCUGGGCAGUGAGAAUCCAAGCAAGCAUGAGAGCUUCUGGAACUUGGUGACCAUCUUGGUGCUACAGGGCCGGCUGGAUGAGGCCCGGCAGAUGCUCUCCAAAGAAGCCGACGUCAGCCCCACCUCUGCGGGCAUGUGCCGAAUUCUGGGGGACCUGAUGAGGACAAUGCCCGUUCUCAGUCCUGGAAACACCCAGACGCUGACAGAGCUGGAGCUGAAGUGGCAGCACUGGCAUGAGGAAUGUGAGCGUCAUCUCCAGGAUGGCACGUUCGCCUCCAGUCCUCACCUGGAGUCUCUCUGCAAGAUCAUGCUGGGAGAUGAAGCUGCCUUGUUGGAGCAAAAGGAACUUCUGAAUAACUGGUAUCAUUUCCUAGUGACCCGGCUCCUGUACUCUCAUCCCACAGUAAAACCCAUUGACCUGCACUUCUAUGCCCAGUCCAGCCUUGACCUGUUUCUGGGAGGAGAGAGCAGCCCAGAACCCCUGGACAACAUCUUGAUGGCGGCCUUUGAAUUUGACAUCCACCAAGUGAUCAAGGAGUGCAGCAUUGCCUUAAGCAACUGGUGGUUUGUGGCCCAUCUGACAGACCUGCUGGAUCACUGCAAGCUCCUCCAGUCACACAACCUCUACUUCGGAUCCAACAUGAGAGAGUUCCUCCUGCUGGAAUAUGCCUCCGGCCUGUUUGCUCAUCAUAGGCCCUCAUGUCUGUCCUCGGACUGUUGCAGCCUCUGGCAGUUGGGAGUGGAUUACUUCGACUACUGCCCUGAGCUGGGCCGAGUUUCCUUGGAGCUGCACAUUGAGCGGAUCCCUUUGAGCACUGAGCAGAAAGCCCUUAAGGUGCUGCGGAUUUGUGAGCAGCGGCAGAUGACUGAGCAAGUUCGCAGCAUUUGUAAGAUCUUAGCCAUGAAAGCUGUCCGCAACAAUCGCCUGGGCUCUGCCCUGUCUUGGAGCAUCCGAGCCAAGGAUGCAGCCUUUGCCACGCUGGUGUCAGACAGGUUCCUCAGGGAUUACUGUGAGCGAGGCUGCUUUUCCGAUCUGGAUCUCAUUGACAACCUUGGGCCAGCCAUGAUGCUCAGUGAUCGACUGACAUUCUUGGGAAAGUACCGUGAGUUCCACCGAUUUUAUGGGGAGAAGCGCUUUUUUGAUGCGGCUUCUCUUCUCCUGUCAUUGAUGACUUCUCAGAUUGCUCCACGAUGUUUCUGGGUAACACUACUAACAGAUGCCCUGCCCCUUUUGGAACAGAAACAGGUGAUUUUUACAACAGAGCAAACAUAUGAGCUGAUGAGAUGUCUGGAGGACUUGGCCUCAGGAAGGCCAGUGCGGGGAGAGCCUGGUGCUCAGCGACUCCAGGAGGACAUAGAGAACACCAAGCUGGAAAUGCUGAGACUUGCUCUUGCGCGAAAUCUUGCCCGGGCCAUUAUAAAAGAAGGCUCACUGGAAGGCUCCUGAGGCUAGCCAAGAGCUGCUGUAGCCUGGCAUCUUUGUAUGACAAUGUAUAUACAUUUUUGAAAGAAUAAAAACAUUUUUUUCCCUCUCAAA